GUAAUGACUGGUAACAUCAAUUAUAAGCACAACUACAUUAAAGUAUGACAUUUUGUUUAUAAGAAUAAUUGGAAAAUGAGGGAUGUGACAUUGAUCGCGUGAAUCGAGGUAAAUAAAUAAAAGAACGUCUAUCUCGUGACCAUUAGGGUUGACAACGGUAAUGCGUGUACAAGAUUGCCGGCACGAACCCUUACUAGUCUACAAGUUUGCAGAACCACCAGAGCAGAGCAGCAGGAGCAGGAGGAACCUCACUGGGACAUCAACCUACAGUCUGCCAGCUAGCUAGCAUAAGUAUCAGUCUACUGUGCAUUGCGUUCGGGGAAACAAGUCCGUGGUCUGCUCGGGCUCCAAUCAUUCAUCCUCUACAAUCCAAGAUAGACGAUUCAUCGAUCAGUUGUUAACUGUGCUGUAACCUUGCGCGCUUCGUUUAAACACGCGAGAUUUCAUCAAAAAUACCGACAAUAUCUCAAAAUUUUUUUUCUUUUAAGGUAUUGAUAUUUGUGCUGCUUGAAAUAAAAAAUAAAAUAAAAAAAUAAAUGGGAGUUACGGGUGUGAAAUGAACGAUAAGUAUCUCGAUGGACCUUUUGUUUUUAGAAUCAACGACAAUGGUGGUGGACCGAAUCUUCUUGUACAGGUAUGUAUAGAACGCGGAUGGCGAGAAUACACCGGAGACAAUAGUUCUCUGAAGGAUCGGUGGAACCUGUGGUGGAAAUCGGGUGGAUUCAGUAGCACGUAUUAUAAAAAUUUACUGCCGGGACAAUUUAUCAACCGAAUACCAAAAGGCAGCUCGAUAUGUAAAAAAGACAAUCUCGUACGGCAUUUGAAGUGCAUGAGACAGAUAUACGGGAAUAUUUACGACAUCAGUCCGGUAGGAUAUAAUCUUCCAUCAGAGUACACGAAGCUUGCGGCAGACUGCAGUCGCUCUGAGAAGGACGAACGAGUGUGGAUAUGCAAGCCCGUUGGACAGAGUCAAGGACGUGGUAUUUUCCUAUUUCGGCGAUUGAGUGACUUGACGUAUGACAGUACCGCUGUAGUUCAAAAAUAUAUUGAGAAGCCUCUUCUUAUCGGCGGGUACAAAUUUGAUUUAAGAUUGUAUGUAUGUGUUCCGUCAUACAGACCUCUUGUAAUUUAUAUUUACAAUGAGGGCCUGGCACGGUUUGCUACCUCGAAAUUUUCACUUGACAAUCUCAGCGAUCCCUUUCGACAUCUUACUAAUUUUGCUUUGAAUAAACUGGGACCGGGAUACUCGCAAAAGAAAGAGCGAGUCGGUGCAGGCUCGAAAUGGAGUUUCCGACAAUUGAGAAGAUACAUGAAUCAAUCGGGCUUCCACGACUGGUUCCUUUGGCAGCGAAUUGCCUGUCUUAUAACUCUUACUAUUCUUAGUCAAACUGCAGGCAUUCCAGAGACUUCUAAUUGUUUUGAAUUCUUCGGUUUUGACGUUUUGAUUGACGCUGAUCUUAAGCCCUGGUUGUUGGAGGUAAAUAUAAGCCCAGCGCUUGGAAAUGAUUGUGAAGUCGACUUUGAAGUUAAAAAGCCACUGCUUCAUGAUUUAUUUGACUUGUUGGGUCUGCCAGUAUGCAACACCGGUCUUUCACUUUUUAAAAUCUGGUCAACUACACCUAAUAAUCAAAGUAUUGACAAUGAUUACUGUGCUUCCAAGUAUUUUAAGUCACGAUGUUCCGGAAAACCUCUCGUAAAUAUUUGUUCAAAUAACCGAGAUAUGUUCCGACACUCAAACGCGGAUGAAAAUUAUGGAAACUCAUGCUCAAGGUACAAUUUCCUUUGCCUCGAAAAAAGUCUUCGCCAACGGUUGAACUCAGCUCACAAGUUAAAUAACAAUCAUCCUGGUACAUUUGUCUGGGAUAAUGGACGAGACUGGAGCAACCCAAAGAUACGUGAGGGCGGGUGGAUCCGUACAUACCCUUUUACUAAUUGUAAACUAGUCGACAAUGUUGAUUUCCAGCAUCCAAUCAACACAAGAGAAACCAAGACUACGGAACGGGAGAUUAAGAAUAAUGUUUUAUCUAUCCAAAAAUUUAUUAAAGUAGCUAAAGAUAUUAAUCGAGACUUUGGUAAGUAUGGAGACGAAAGAUGCAAUCAGCUUUUGCGUCAAGAAUUAGAGUUGACUUCAGAAAUCUGGCUUCCCAAUAAAUAAUUCCACAGUUCCUCGUACUGCCAUUUACUAUCGUCUUUUUUAUAUUAUGAUAUAUAUCUAAUUAAUUACUUACUUAUAUUUUAUCUUAAAUGCACUAACUUAUUCUACUAGAUGAAAAUAUCAAUUUUUUGUAGAAAUUGUAAAAUAAAAAUAUGAAUAAAAAAAAUGGAAAAAAAGACAAUAAAU